GGGCUGCUCGGACCGCGGGGGGCUACACUGGUCCCGCACACGGGAGGCUGCGGACAGCGGCGCCGGAGCUGCGGGGAUGGGGCAGCCCCGUGCCAAGCCGCCUGGCGCGGUGGCCCGAUCACGGGCACUGAUGCUUCGCCCGCUUAGGAGACAGCCGGGCGACAGCUGCUGCCGUGAGCUGGGAUUUCUCGUAUCCGGAGCCCGCCCGCACCGAUCUCCGAGCGGGCGUGCCUCGCGCCCUCGGGCGGCCCUGGCUCCCCGGGCUGGAAGGGCCACUUCAGACUGGGCGUGCGGGUGAUUGACAGCGCCCUCCGCCAAUGCCGUCGCGUUGGCGCAGGGGCGGUAGUUUCUGUGCCCGCUGAGAUUUGUGCAGGAGGCACUGGGUUCCCUCUGCCGUCCUGGUCCUUCUGGGCAGAGGAUGCAAUCGUGCCCCAAGGUACCCGGUGACCGGAUCUCAGGCAGGACCACUCGUGAACCGUACCCCUCAUAGCUGUUAAAAGGAUGGUUCUUCUUUCCCGUUGCUGACUCUGUCACGGGUUUUUGAAAGUUUUCACUGAGUUUUGCUCCGUUUUAGGAUAUAAAUGCACUGAGCUGGAGCAUCCAACGGAGGCAUCUCAUCUGCUCUAUCAAAAUAGUCUCGCUUCUCUCUCCCUUAUGCUAAUGCGGGCUGAUCCUGGGGGGGGGGAGACUAUAUGGUCUCACUGUUUCCUUUUAUUAAAGAAAAAUGUUUUUGAAAUUGUUCAGCAACCUUGGUUUACAUGUCGCCUGUCAAGAUGGUAAUUAUUCUUUAUUGUAGAGCAACGCUUCCUGUUUACCUUCUUUUUGGAAUGGAGAUUUCUUCCCAUCAAUUUCAUCUCCUUCAGCAACUGAAUGAGCAGCGCAAGCAAGACUUAUUCUGUGACUGCAGUAUCCUAGUUGAGGGGAAAGUCUUCAAAGCACACAGAAAUGUGCUGUUUGCCAGUAGUGGUUAUUUCAAAAUGCUCCUUUCCCAAAGCUCAAAAGAGACUAGUCAGGCAACCACAGCUACUUUUGAGGUCUUCUCUCCUGCUACCUUCACAGUUAUUCUGGACUUUGUAUAUUCAGGAAAACUGUCUCUCACUGGUCAAAAUGUGAUUGAAGUAAUGUCAGCUGCUAGUUAUCUGCAGAUGACAGAUAUUCUUAGUGUAUGUAAGACCUUCAUUACAUCCUCACUGGAGAUUAAUGAAAAAGAGAAGGAUCACUACUUCACCCUCUCAGCCAAAAGGGUCAACAGUAGGUUUGACUGCCCACCUUUUUAUAGAUCAAGAAGGAAAGUUAAAAGCAACCCCAUCAGUUCUCACUUAAUUCCAGAUCAAAAGGCAGGCAGGGUGAAUGAAAAUUCCUGGACCAAUAACAGGAACCACUCAUCUUCACAAAUGAAUGUCCAACUGCAAGAAACACCAUUAUCCAAAAGAGGCCAAAAGCUUGGCUCAGUGAAAAAGCGCCAAAGGCGUCUAGGACUGUCACAGUCCCAUGACUUUCUGAAAUAUAAAUCAAACAAACCUGAUGAGGCCAGUGGAAGUUGCAGUGCUUCAGAGACUAACCACAUUUCUCAAUCCAAAGAGCAAAUUCAGUUUGACACGGAGAACAACACUGCUCAUACGGGGUACCAAUGUGAUCAAGAAUCAAAGGUGAUACCAAAGAAAUGGUCUGUUGCUCAGCUGGAACAAGAACUUUCAAGAACUUCCCCGGUGUAUAUGGAUUUAAAAGCAGAUGAACUGUAUACCUCUGUGCCCACGAUUCUAGGUGUAAUGGGUGGUUGGAAUGAAGAUGAUCUACUUAAGAUGAGAUUCAAGUGCCCCUUCUGCACCCAUACAGUGAAACGGAGAGCAGACAUGAAGCGGCAUCUUCGAUGUCACACAGGGGAACGACCUUAUCCGUGUGAGGCAUGUGGGAAAAAGUUCACAAGAUUAGAGCACCUACGUAGCCAUUUCCAAACAAUACAUCAAGCUGGCAAAUUAAUCUGCAGGAAGUGUAAGAAUCAUGUCACCGACCUAACAGGACAUGUGGUUCAACAAGGAACAAGGUGUUACAGACUAUGUAAGGAAUGUCUAGUUGAAGCAGGUAUUGACAGCAUUCGUGAUGACUUAGAUGCAGAACAUCCUCUUCCUAUCUCUCUAGGAGACAACAUUUCUGGGUGGCACCUGGAUGAAGAGCACAGAUCAGAUGUAGAGAUGGUGGAGGAUGAACCUGAUAAAUUUGUCAUCCAACAAGUUAAUGAUGAUAGCACAGAUGAGACUGAAGAAAAAGUGAAACCAAAUCCUAGAUAGUUGUAUUUGGAGUGAAAUCUACUAGUGCUCAUCUCAUCACUGACUUAUUAAGUCUUGCCGGUUGAGACAAUGAUCUACUUAAUUAAUAG